GUGCGCCCAUGAGGCCGAGAUAUUACUUUGGGAAUUGCAGUAGGCUACUGUACACUAGGGGCGGAUUUUGACCUCGCAACUCUCAAAACAUCACUAAUCUGCGGAUGACAUUCAGGCAUAGACCGCUACUGGAUUUAUUUCCCGAAAUGAAUUCCGUAUUUGAACCGAAAACGACAAAACAUCAAGGACAUUGUCAGGCUAGAAUAAGACAAGAGACAAUAAGUAUUCGGGUAUGACGUUUAAAAUGCGGGUUGGCAUUGUAUCACUGCACUAGCGUUGCAAUUUAUUACUGCAUUUGACCACAGAUUCCAUCCAUCCGUACUGCCUGACAUUAUCCACGAGCGUGUCUGGGUAGUCUAUUGCAGUCAUUUUUGCUUAUAGGAUUUUUAGGGGGCAACACUUGUGGGAAUCUAAUGUUGACAACUAAGCUGCUUUGGGAGAUCUAUUAUAUCGGCCAAAUAUUAUCGACGCGAUACGACUUGGUCUCAUUGUCAUUCAAUGUCCAAUAGUGCUAUUGCAAAGCUUCCCUAUGGAUGAGCCUGGGAAGGACUUCAAUGGAUCUCUUUGGAAGUGCGAGGCAGGGAUGUAAUGGAUUGGUCCCAUGGCCUGCUAGGUCCCGCUUCCCAGUAUGUCCAGCUGCAGCAAGCCUCCCCCACUCUCUGGAGAAGGGGCAGGCUCUAACUCUAUGGCAUGGGUCAAGCUCUUCAAAAAGCCUGGAGGUGUUGGUGGUGGUGGGGGUCUGGGGAAGUCCUAUCAGCCUGGGAGCAUGUUGUCUCUGGCUCUCACCAAAGGCCUGCUGAACGAACCAGGACAGAAUAGCUGCUUCCUCAACAGUGCCGUACAGGUGCUAUGGCAGUUGGACAUUUUCAGGAGGAGUUUGAGACAGCUUCCUGGUCAUUUUUGUCUAGGGGAUGCCUGCAUUUUCUGCGCUUUAAAGAGUAUUUUCAGCCAGUUCCAGCAGAGCCGAGAGCGAGCGUUGCCUUCGGAUAGCCUGCGCCACGCCCUCGCUGAAACCUUUAAGGACGAGCAGCGCUUCCAACUAGGCCACAUGGACGACGCUGCAGAGUGCUUUGAGAACAUUCUGGAGAGGAUUCACCUGCACAUAGUUUCUGACACAGCGACUGAGGCCUGUACAUCCAAGUCCUGCAUUACCCACCAGAAGUUUGCCAUGACACUUUAUGAACAGUUUGUAUGUCGUAGCUGUGGCGCCUCCUCGGACCCCCUUCCUUUCACAGAGUUAGUGCAUUAUGUCUCCACCACAGCCCUAUGCCAACAGGUGGACCGCGUCCUAGGAAAGAACGACAGGCUCCGGUCGGACAUGUUUGGGGAAUUGCUGCAGACAGCAAACACCAUUGGUGACCUACGGAACUGUCCGAGCAACUGUGGCCAGAGCAUCAAGAUCCGUCGGGUUCUCAUGAACUGCCCAGAGAUUGUCACCAUUGGCUUUGUGUGGGACGCAGAGCAGUCUGACCUUACAGAGGAUGUGGUGAGGUCACUGGGUCCACAUCUCAACCUCUCGGGGCUGUUCAACCGGGUCACUGAUGAGAACGCCAAAAGGAGUGAAUUACAUCUCGUGGGAAUGAUCUGUUUCUCCAGCAAACAUUACUCUGCAUUCGCUUAUCACACCAAGUCCUCAAAAUGGGUCUUCUUUGAUGACGCCACCGUGAAAGAGAUCGGAUCCAAGUGGAAAGACGUGGCCUCUAAAUGCAUCCGGGGACAUUUCCAGCCACUGCUCCUGUUCUACACUAACCUGGAGGGGACCCCAGUCUCCAGCGAGGACGCGCCCAGACAAACAACCAUGUGUCCCCGCUUCAAGGCUCACGUCAACGGGGAAGUGCCAGCAGGGAUGAAGAAGCUGGAUGCCGUCCGGGAGAAUGCAGGCCCACUCCACUCCAACCAGCCCUAUAAGCAGAUGCUACCUCCACCCUCCACCUCAGGCUACAAAAGAGUGAAAGGCCCACCUGGUAGUCCCAACAAAUUCCGGGAUCCUUCCAAGGAGACUUCCCAGAGAGUUGUAGAAGGGAUAAAGAAGGAGGCCGAAAAAGGGCAUCGAAAACCAGAUCCACACAAAGAUAUGGCCUAUGCCAGAUCCCCUCCUGAGGGCGGGCGGAGGCAGCACGCCGACCAGAGGUUGCGAGGCGGCAGUAGCACCCGGGCUGACAAGUUGUCAUCCUCCCACCAGAGCAGAGCUUCCCAGGACCCACGCUCUCAAUCCGGUGCUCCUGGCAGACACAGUUGGAGACAGGAAACCUCCCCUACUCACCAUGAACAGGACAGCAGCCAGGACGUGUGGGAGAAGGGUGGCGUGUCGGGAGCGGGCCACAACAAAGCCAAGCCCUCCUGGAGGCCCAUCCGGGAAGUUCUGAACGUGGACAGCGUCUUGAACGACCUUGAACGGCGGCAACAACAGCAGCAGCACGGCGGCGGCGGUAGCCCCCGGCUUGCUAAACCCUCCUGUCAGGAGAGGCCGCACGGCAGCGAACGGGACAACCAGGACUGGAAAAAAGAGAGGGAAAGGGAUAAAGACCGGGAACGAGAGCGUCUCAGGAUGAGGGAAGAGCGCAAGCAGCAGAAGUGCUUGAUGACGAUUUACGAGGACGAGCAGCGGCAGGAGACAGAGAGCCACAGCUCCCUCGAAUCGGAGGGCAGGGCAAGUGGGCACGGCGAUUGGGCCGGUGGAGGAGUUGGGAGCAGCGGCGGUGGGAGGGCCAAGGGCGGGCCAAAGGCCCUGUUGCGCAGCGACACCUGGACCAUCCAGAGGACUGAGUCGGGAUACGAGAGCAGCGACCGGCUGAGCAGCGGCUCCACCAACCCUGACUCGCCCGGGGUGGACAGCUUUGCCGGGAAGGAGCAGCGGUUGACACCAGAGGUGCAGUCUCAGAGCAGAGGUCAGCUUCACCCAAACAGCUGCGAUUCAAAACCUGAUGCGGUACACUCCCCUUUGCAUCAAGGCAAACAUCAACUGACAACUCAGGGAAAGAACUGCGACCAUCAAGUUUCACAUCUCCUGAAAUGUAGUCCAAGUUCAAGACGAAAAUUUAGAUACAGCCCCGGCAGUUCUAAGAAAGGAGUUGGUCCAGAGAGGGACGCUGGCUCCUCAGACAACAGGAGCAGUCACAUAAUGGAAUCGCCAGAGAUGAGUAACAACAACAGAGGUGGUCACCAUGGUGACAGCCCCGCCCUGCGGCGCUUGGGUAAAACCAGCAGCUCGGAGUGGAACAGCUCCGACGACCUGGCUGGGAAUCUCUCGGAACCAGAGGACAGUGCCUACCGCUCCAGCAACAGCGAGCCCCUUCUGUCCGAGUCGCCCUGCCCCUGUCCCCCCCACCACCUGGCCUUCCACCAACCCCCCCAUAUUGAACUGGGAGAGCCCUCAUCUCAACAUCAGCCCGCCACGCCGCCACUGCCUCACCCCAAAGCCGCCCAGCGAGCCUCCCCUCACCAGGGGGAUGUUGGCCGCCACUGCUUCCGUCCCAGGCUACUCCAAGAGCCCUCCCAGACCAGCCCCCGGCCAAGCGUCCGGCCCACCCCGGCCUCACAUGCCCCCAGCCCCAACCGGAGGUCGGAAUCCAAUGGCCCUCUGCAGAGGCCCUCGUCGGGUGCCAGCUCCAAGUCGGGCUCGGACCCAGAGAGGAGUAACCCGUCGUCGGGCGAAAGCGAGGAGAGGCUCCCCAUCUGCAGGCCACCUGGAGCCGAGUCGGCGGCAGCCAAAGGGGUUUCCCUCACCACGUACUUCAGCGUGGACAAUUGCAUGACGGACACGUACAGACAAAAGUACCAUCACCAGCGACCCCUCCUACUCUCGGCUAUUGUGCCCCGAGCACCGACUGAGCCACGAGAACUCCCCAGCCACCACCUGCACCCCGCAAACUCACACUCCAUGCUUCACCCGCCCAAAACCCGGCCUGAUGCAGGCCAUAACAGCAAUAAGCCCACUGCUAAAUGGAACCCAGUUACAGCCAAAGGACUGGACGAGCGUGGCUAUUUGUGACAGUAUAACCUGGUCUGAUGUACAUUAAAAAUAAGCUAUUGAACUGGAUGCCAAAGAGUCUGCUGACUGGAAAAGUGUUGCUCCCAGAACUUUAGUUGAAAUCAGUAUCAAAUGCCAAAUCAUUGAUGCACUGUGGGUUACAGAAGUGCUUAUAUGUAUUUUGAAGUAAGAUACAGUUUGAUAGUCCACUGACAGAGAGAAAAAUGUUUCUGUAUGUUGAUAGAUGAGUUGGAAAUUGGAAAGGGCAGUCCAAGGCAUAAUACAGUAACAUUGACAUUGACCUCUGGGAUCAAGAGGUGUACCUUUUGGUUUAAGGUAAUGUGCAUCCCUUGUUGUGUGGCCAACACAAAUUCUAUUUCCGAAUAUAAGCGCCAAAUUCAGCAAUCUCAGUAUACAAACACUAACAUUGUGUUUGUAUACUUGUUAUCCUGCUGAAUAGACAACUGUAAUAAUGUUAGCCAACCUGCAUGAGGACUUAUAAAGAGGUAACAAUAGUGCUGUGUACAGUACGAGCAUGCGCAUGGCAUUUGUAUCCAACCGACAUCCAAAUUCCAAUUGGUUUAUGUUAUUGGGUCUACUUAAAUUAUAUCUUCACUUUUUUGACCUACCUACAUUUUUCCACGUACAGUACCAUGCAAGGACUUUAUAGGCCAGGAGAGACAUCAGAUUUAUUUCAGCCACUGCUAACUUGACCAACUUUAGCCACUGCUAACCAAAAAGUUAUGGGAAUGAUAGGGGAAAGCUCACUAUGUUCAGAAUUUGAAGCAAAAUCACCUCUAUGGAGCUUCAAUCAAUCAAUCAAAUAUUUUUUCUAAAGCCCUGUUUACAUCAGCAGAUGUCACAAAGUGUGUAUACAGAAACCCAGCCUAAAACCCAAAGAGCAAGCAAUGCAGAUGUAGAAGCACGGUGGCUAGGAAAUACUCCCUAGAAAAGCAGGAACCAAGGAAGAAACAUAGAGAGGAAUAUGAGGGGUGGCUGUCGUCUUCUGGCUGGGCCGGGUGGAGAUUAUAAGAGUACAUGGCCAUUAAGGCCAGAUCGUUCUUCAAGAUGUUCAAACGUUCAUAGAGGA